GCUUCAGUAUGAGCUGCAAGGAAACAGGAGUCAGCAGGAAGCAGCCAUGAGGGGAGGCACUAGCAGCUCCAUCUACUACCUGCUCUGGGUGAGCGCCAUCAUUUGCUCAGCGGAGGACACAUGCCCGGAUGUGAAACUCAUUGGGGUCGGGGGAUCGGAGAAGAUGGCAAUUUUAAGGGGGUGUCCCGGGGCCCCAGGUGCACCAGGACCUCCCGGGAUGCCAGGACCGGCUGGACCAAGAGGGGAUAAAGGAGACCCAGGAGUUCCUGCCCAGGGAACCGCACAGAGCUGCAAAGAACUUCUGGACCAGGGAGAAAGUCUUACUGGCUGGUACACAAUUUACCCACCAGAUGGCGCUCCUCUCACAGUAAUGUGCGACAUGAAAACUAGUGGAGGUGGAUGGCUGGUGUUCCAGAGGCGGGUGGAUGGUUCUGGGGAUUUCGAUACGGACUGGAACACUUACAAGAAGGGAUUUGGAUCUCGAGACAGCGAAUUCUGGCUGGGGAACGAUAACAUUCACCGUCUCACGUCUUCAGGAACGUUCCAGCUGCGCAUCGAUCUCACUGAUUUUGAAGGCAGCCACGUUUACGCCUUGUACAGCAAUUUCCGCAUUGCAGGGGAGAGACAGAACUACACGCUGAGUGACAUUGGCUUUGUGGAAGGGAGUGCAGGUGAUUCAUUUUCCAAGCACAAAAAUAUGCAAUUUACCACCAAAGACCGAGACAAUGAUAAAGCCAAACAUAGCUGUGCCGAAAAGUACAAUGGAGGCUGGUGGUAUGAAUCCUGUUAUCGGGCUUACCUGAAUGGUCACUACCAUAAGGGCAGUCACAACAAAGGUCUCAGUGGAAUUCACUGGCAAUCCAGCCGAGGGUUUGAUUACUCAUAUAAAGUUGCGGAAAUGAAAAUUCGACCACAAUCCUGAGAAAGUUAAAAAAACGAAAACUGUAAACAAAGGGCGACACUUAUCCCACUACUCAGAUAUAAGAACCCUGCGGCCUGCGCCGCAAUAUACAGCAUAACAAAAAAGUGUAUGAUUUUAUUUGAAAUUAUGAAACUAUAUUUCUGCUUAUUAAUUUUCAUGAUAUGUUUGUCCUCAUUGUAAGAUUUAAUCAGUGAAUUAAAGCCCUAAUUACCACAACAUUUUAA